UGUCCCCGACCACGAGAUCCUGCCUCUGGUUUCUGUCUGCCUUCUCCCCUGACGGCUUGGCGUUCCACCAUGUGGGAUUCUACACCUGUGCAGAUCCAAGAGUGUUUGCCUGUUGUGUCUUCUGCCUAGAAUAAAGUUCCGUUCCAACUAUUCCGUGUGUCUGUCGUACUGCUUCUGGUUCCUUACCUCACCCGUUACAUUACUUCACUAAAUAAAAUCACAAAAAAGGAGAAGAUCAAAGCUGAUCAGUUUUCCCACAUUCUCAGGCAGGUGGGAGGGAUUGUCAAAUUGUUUCAGACAAUUACAAAAAUUGUCUGACACAGUCCUCUGGUGUGUCAGACACUUCCAGAUGAUCCCCCAAACACUAAGUUAAAGGAGAUACUGAGGCCCUAACUCCAACCACAGCCUAAGGGGCGUAAUAAUGGGCAAUAAUAUGGGGCCUCGGAAAAAAGCCCGCGGUAAAUCUGCCAUUAUUUAAAUGAAAAUGUGGAGAUUUAAAUAGAUUUAAUGUAUAACAAAAUGUAUGAUAUCGCUUGAAGAAAGUUCAGCUUUUUGUCUCAUGAUGGUUAGAGGCCGUUUGAGACCGAGAUCAAAUUGUGAGAAACAUUAGCCUCACUGUCUGCCUAUCAAAACCAGCAUACAGAAAUCCAUAUUCUGCAAUGGUCAGUCUACAUUAUAUAUUUACACAAUAGAUAUAUUUGACAAGCUACACCACGACUCAGACAACUAAACCAGUCAGACCUUAUUAACCAGUUGGUUUGCUUUGUCCCUUCUGUCUGUCCUGUCUGUCCAUCUAUCUUUGUCCAUGCAGGGUAACCAAGAGGCCCCAGCUCCCCCUGAAGCCAUGGCCCAACCCUUCCCACCGGCCCAGUACCCUCCUCCACCACAGAAUGGCAUCCCAGCUGAGUACACCACAUCCCACGCCCACCCUCCUGCAGAUUACACAGGACCAAGCACGGUGGCCGAGCACGCCCUGACAUUGUACACGGCGACACACACGCAGAGCGAACAGCCGGGAAACGACAGCAACACCCCCGCCCUCACAGCCAACACAGUAACGCAGGCAGAGGAGGUCGUACAGACGGAGGGCUCCCAGCAGCUCCACCUGCAGUCCAGCGAUUCGUCGGAGAAGCAGCAGCCCAAGAGGCUACACGUCUCCAACAUCCCUUUCCGUUUCCGUGACCCUGACCUCCGGCAAAUGUUCGGGGUGAGAUGACAACUGCACCACACACACACACACACACACACACACACACACACCCUUAGAGCACUGUACCAUACUCCUGCUCCUGUACUUUUCAAGAAUAAAGUAGCAAAUGCUGUCAAAUGGAGAUAAGUAAAGAAAUGCAAUAUUGCAAAAGAAUUGUAAAAGUAAAUCACAACAGGAAGGUUAAAGACAAAUAUGAGCAGAUUGCAUAUCUGUUUACCUUUCUUGUCUCUAAUAUAGCAUUUGGAACUGGCAGUAGGGCCUUCUAGGUUCAAUGAUAAAGAGUAUAUGUAAAGUCAAUAACAAAGGAAAUGCAUGAUUGAAUAUGAAUUUUUGUCAAUUGCCAGUAAAUAUAGGCAUCAAUAUACAUUCAUGUGUAUUGUGGGCGUUAGCUGCAGUUGUAUGGACAAUAUGUCUUCAACACGAUUGAAGACAUUCUGAUAAGAGUUUUCAAACAACCUUUUCAGCUACCUUUAAAGGUAGCUGAAAAGCAGUUUAUAUUAAUAUAAACUGCUUUAAAGCAGUUUAUAUUAAAGUCAUCUCCAUCAUUAUGGUUAAUCAACUCCGACGUUUUCUUCGGAUGGCAAUUUUUUUGUGAGGCUUCUUGCGUCUGCGAAAGUGGACAGGAAAGGAGAGUGUUUGUUUAAUGCAAUGCAGUUAGAUCAAAUGAUGAAUAAAUAUGAAAGAUCAAGACUUUGUUGAUUGUGAUGAUGUAACACGCGCAGAAGGAAUAUUUUCACUCCUUCCACAGAAAAAAAUAUUGGCAAAACAAAAGCAUAUAUUACGCGCUAAUAUUUUCCUAUUGAAUGGGUAAACAAAGGUUUACAGCCCCUCCUCAACUCUAUUCCUUCACAUCUGGCCAGAUGUUACAUCUAUCUUACCCGGGUAAGAUAGAUGCCCAAGGCCACUUGUUUUGUUUCACAAACUCUAAUUCUUCUUCUUCUCCUUCACUGGUUGAUUACGACCAUAUUUAGCCUCUAGCGCCAACUUCUGACCAAACCUCAGAGUUUAUCCUCACCAGAGCAGUCGAUGGAAAUGCGUCUAAUUCUUACUUCUUUUUUUGUGACCUUGAAAAUUUGCCCAACACUUUCCUGAAAACACAGCUAGUAACGUGCUGCAUGGAAACCUCUUUAACAGGGGUCUUCAACGUUUUUCAGGCCAAGGACCCCCAAACUGAUAGAGAGAUGGA